AUGUCUCUUCCUAUUGAUAUUACAAACGUAGUAAAAGUCCCAUUUCCCCCUUCUAUUAGUGUAAACGAAAUUGUAAAAAUUCACUUAAAAAAUAAAAUCAAGAGUGUGAAUCAAACUAUGAAUUCAUUUAUGAUUUAUCGAAAAGAAUAUAAUCAAAUAGUUGCAAAAUUUAAUCGUUCAAGUAAAGAUGUAUCUAAAUGUGUCAGCAUUUCAUGGAAAAAUGAGCCAGAUCAUAUCAAAGACUAUUACCGACAGAUGGCAGAAAAUGUAAAAAAUUGUUUCAGAGAAAAGGUGCCUCUUUGUUUUACCAAUAGCAAUCAAGUAGAUAAUACAAAUGAUAAUCACGUCCCUUUAGAUACUUCACUUAAUACGAAUCAAAACUUUCAAAAUACUAAUUAUCCGUUUUUUAAUAUGGAUCAAGACGCCAUCUAUUCGAAUCCUAUUGUAUCCAACAAUUUUAAAAAUGAAUGUCAGAGAUGUCUGGAUAUGGAUGAAUAUGAAUUUAUGAACUAUCUUUCUGAAAAUUUGGCAUUAAUUUAUAAGGAAAUUAUUCGAUCGUUAUAA